AAUAUGGCGGAUGCAUUGACCGCCGUACGGACGUCUGACUUUUUUUGCUGUGAAUUCUACAAUUUUUCGUAAAUAAAAUUCACGAUUGAUAAAUUUUAAAUUGAAAAACACGUAUCUGUGUCACUUAAUUUAUUAUUGUUUUCCAUUUGGAAAUACGAAGAGCUCCUAAUUCCCCAGGAAAAAUGUCAAGACGUGCCUACGCCGAGGAUCCGGCGCCGUCAGAUGAUUCUGAUUUCGAUGAUGAAGAGGAUCCUGAUAAUUUGGAGGUGCCAGGUGGAGGUAAAACCCUGGCUGCUGCAGCCCGGAUGGCCGACAAGAAGGUACCACAAGCAACUGCGCCACAAGUCACGGUGAGACCUACCACAAAUCCACUUGCAGCACCGUCCGGCGUUGCGUUUGGACAAACGCACAACGGGAAGCCAAUAAAGAUACAGGCCAGCUCCUUGACGAAACCCUUCAAUCUCCUCAACCUGCCAGGAGUCGGACGCGGAGGAAUGGGCGCGGCGAUGGCUCCGUUCGCGGCGGGUUCGUCGGCCGCAUUCAACGCGGCCUCGUUACUCGCGCAGAUGGAGAUGGUCGGCAUUACGGGCGUCAACUCGUAUUUGCUGCAGAAUCUCAAUCAGAUCAUAGCGGCCGGCAUGGGGGGCUCGAUGCUCGGUCAGUUCUCGCAGCAGCUACCCCCCUGGGCUGGUCAGAUCAAGCCCGGAAUGUGGCACCAGGAUAAGAUGCCUGGAGAAGAAGAGGAAGUGGACGAUGAAGAAAUGGGAGUCGCAGAAACAUAUGCGGACUACAUGCCGCCAAAGGUGAAACUAGGCAGGAAACAUCCUGAUCCUGUGGUGGAGACGGCGUCGUUGUCGUCCGUGGAGCCGGUGGACGUGACGUACAAGCUGAGUCUGCCGGACGAGACGAUCCGGGGCGGGCUGCUGUCGGCCUUGCAGCUGGAGGCCGUGGUGUACGCGUCGCAGGCCCACGAGCACACGCUCCCGGACGGGACCAGGGCGGGCUUCCUCAUAGGUGACGGUGCGGGUGUGGGCAAAGGUCGCACGAUAGCCGGCAUUAUAUUCGAGAACUACAUCAAGGGUCGGAAGCGAGCCAUAUGGGUGUCCGUCUCCAACGACCUCAAGUACGACGCCGAGAGGGACCUCCGGGACAUCGGGGCCGGGAAAAUUGAAGUCUACCCUCUCAAUAAGUUCAAGUACGCGAAGAUCUCGUCGGCCGUGAACGGCAACGUGAAGAAGGGGGUCGUGUUCGCCACCUACUCCUCGCUCAUCGGCGAGACCGCCAGCAACAACACCAAGUACAGGUCCAGGCUGAAGCAGCUGCUGCAGUGGUGCGGGGAGGACUUUGACGGAGUCAUCGUAUUUGACGAGUGUCACAAGGCAAAGAACCUCUGCCCCGUCGGCUCCGGGAAGGCGACGAAGACAGGUCUGACGGCCCUCGAGCUGCAGAACAAGCUGCCCAAGGCGAGGGUGGUGUACGCGUCCGCCACCGGGGCCUCGGAGCCCAGGAACAUGGCGUACAUGGUGCGCCUCGGGAUAUGGGGGGAGGGGACGCCCUUCCCGACCUUUAUGGACUUCAUUAACGCUGUGGAGAAGAGAGGCGUGGGCGCCAUGGAGAUAGUGGCGAUGGACAUGAAGCUGCGCGGGAUGUACAUAGCGCGCCAGCUGUCCUUCCACGGAGUGUCCUUCCGCAUCGAGGAGGUGCCGCUCUCCGACGCCUUCAAGGAGACCUACGACAAGAGCGUCGCGCUGUGGGUGGAGGCCAUGCAGCGGUUCACGGAGGCCGCCGAGCUGAUAGACGCGGAGUCGAGGAUGAGGAAGACCAUGUGGGGACAGUUCUGGUCUGCUCAUCAGAGGUUCUUCAAGUACCUGUGUAUUGCCGCUAAGGUGAACCACGCCGUGGUGACAGCCCGCGAGGCCGUGAAGUGCGGCAAGUGUGUCGUCAUCGGCCUGCAGAGCACCGGGGAGGCGCGCACCCUCGACCAGCUCGAGAGGGACGACGGGGACCUCACAGACUUCGUGUCCACCGCCAAGGGGGUGCUGCAGACGCUUGUGGAGAAGCACUUCCCGGCGCCGGACCGCGACCGCAUCAACCGGCUGCUCGGGCUCGGCGCCAACAGGCCGCCGCCCCCCGCGCACGCCGCGCUCCCCGCGCCCCCGCACAACGGCACCAACGGUCGGGACGACGACGCCAACACGUCCAAGAGAAAGUUGACGUCACGCCAGCAAGCGAACGCCGCGGCCAAGCGCGCCCGCGGGGGCUCCUCGUCCGACGAGUUCGUCCGCGGCGGCUCCUCCGACGAGCUGGAGAUGGAGUCGGACGAGGAGCAGCAGCGGGCCGCCUCCGACUCCGACCUCAGCGACUUCAACCCCUUCAGGGGCGGCAGCGACAGCGACGACGAACCCUGGCUGAAUCGCAAAAAGAAACCAAAGAAGAAGAAGGCUGCAUCUCCCAAGAAGAAGACCUCGACCACGCAGGACAAGAUCGAGAACAUGUUCACCCGCAAGAACAGCGCGCCCCCCGCCCCCACCCUCACCGUCACCACCAGCUCCGGCGCCAGCCUCACCGGGACGCCGGUCGGCACCAACGGCCUGUAUCUAGGUCGCAGCCGCAGCAGCGCGCCGCCCCGGUCGGCCAUCGAGCGCGCGUGCAGCAUGAAGGAGGAGCUGCUGGCGGCCGUGCACCGGCUGGGUCGCCGCCUGCCGCCCAACACGCUCGACCAGCUCGUCGACGAGCUGGGGGGCACCGACAACGUGGCUGAGAUGACAGGUCGCAAAGGGCGCGUGGUCCAAACAGAGGACGGACAGAUCUUAUACGAGAGCCGAUCCGAAGCGGACGUGCCGCUCGAGACCCUGAACCUGACUGAGAAGCAAAGGUUCAUGGAUGGCGAGAAGGACGUGGCCAUCAUCUCUGAGGCCGCCUCCAGUGGUAUCUCAUUACAGAGUGAUCGGAGGGCGAGGAAUCAGAGGCGACGAGUUCACAUCACACUAGAGCUGCCGUGGUCCGCGGACAGAGCCAUACAACAGUUCGGGCGGACCCACCGCUCCAACCAGGUGAACGCCCCGGAGUACAUAUUCCUGAUCUCGGACCUGGCCGGGGAGAGGCGGUUCGCGUGCACCGUCGCCAAGCGCCUGGAGUCGCUGGGUGCCCUCACGCACGGGGACCGCAGGGCCACCGAGACCAGGGACCUGUCGCAGUUCAACAUCGACAACAAGUAUGGUCGCACGGCGCUGGAGGCGGUGAUGCGAGCCAUCAUGAAGUACGAGACGCCGCUGGUGCCCGCGCCCGCCGACUACCACGGAGACUUCUUCCAGGACGUGGCCAGCGCGCUCGUCGGCGUGGGGCUCAUCGUCAACAGCGACGCCGCGCCCGGCGUGCUCGCGCUCGACAAGGACUAUAACAACAUGUCGAAGUUCUUGAACAGGAUAUUGGGCAUGCCGGUGGAACUGCAGAACAGACUCUUCAAAUACUUCACGGACACGCUCGCCGCCGUUAUGGAACAAGCGAAGAGGAGCGGUCGGUUCGACCUGGGCAUCCUGGACCUGGGCAGCGCGGGCGAGACCGUGCGGCGCCUGCGCUGCGUGCGCUUCCUGCGCCGCCACGCCACCGGACGCGCGCCCGUCGAGCUGCACACCGUCUCCUCCGAGCGCGGCAUGGAAUGGACUGAGGCUCUGGAGAAGCACUCGGAGCUGACGGGCCCCAAGGAGGGCUUCUACCUGUCGCAGCAGGCCCGCAACAGCAAGCACACCGCCGUGCUCUGCGCCGCCGCGCUCACCAACUCCAAGAAGGACAAGCUCAGCAAGAAGGACCUCAUGUUUCAGAUAUACAGGCCGAACACUGGUCUGCAGCUGCGGCUGGAGUCGCUGGCGGAGAUCGAGAAGAAGUACCGCAAGGUGGAUGCGGACGAGGCGGAGAGCUGGUGGCGCGCGCAGCACGCGGCGUCGCUGCGGGUGUGCUCGCACGCGUACUGGCGGGACGCGUGCCGCGCCGCCGACUGCGAGGUGGGGCUGCGGCGCCGCCUGCACCACGUGCUGGCCGGCUCCGUGCUGGCCGUGUGGGCGCGCGUGGAGGCCACGCUGGCCGCGCGCUCGCAGCUGCACAAGAUGCAGGUCGUGCGCAUCAAGACCGACGACGGACUCAAGAUUGUCGGCACGCUGAUCCCCAAGAACUGCGUUGAGCCGCUGAAGGAGUCCCUCGCCGCGGACGCCGUCUCCGUCACGGAGCAGACCUUCGAGCAGACGGAGCUACACUGAGCCCCCGGCUUACCGAGUUUCUAUCCGUCUCGUUCCCACGCCCGAGGGAGCUCACAAGAGAGAGCGAGACGGAACGCGCAGAUGAAGUUUCCUAAAUGUAUUGUUAAGUAUACGUUGCGCAGUUCGUAGAUAGGCUCCGUUUGUCGGUUCGAUCUGUACUCGGAAAUGUACAAAGAUUUAUUUAUAUUUUUAAUUUGUAACGCGAUCACCACCGCCGUAGGAACGUGCACAGACGUCGCGGACACGAGGGGAUCGCUCCCGAAGACGAACGGCAGUUUUACUGUGGUUACUGUAGCCCAUAGACAUCUACAACGUAAAUGCGCCACCCACCUUGAGAUAUAAGUUCUAAGGUCUCAGUAUAGUUACAACGGCUGCCCCACCCUUUAAAUCCAAACGAAUUACUGCUUUAUGGCAGAAAUAGGCAGAAAUAGUGGUACCUACCCGCGCGGACUCACAAGAGGUCCUACAACCAGUAAAGUUGUUUCGCUAAUGCAUUGAAGCUAAGCAUUGAUACCUUUGUAUGACGUCAUGCUGAGCGAACCGCAAUGAACUUGUACUGGACCGCUCGCACGAGGUCAUCGACCCCGCGCGUCAGCUGUUCCCAAACAUUUACAUCACCCCAUUAAAAAUAGUCAAUCUUAAAUAUUUCGUUUGCAAUAUUUUCGUGUAUCGUUGUGUGGGUUUUGACAACAGUGCUGUUUGUCUUCAUUGGUGGGAGCGUAUCCUUUAUGUUCCAUGAGAUAAAUAAAUAUAUAAUUUAUGUGUAUUUAAGUAAGUGACUGUUUUGUUUACUGUGUAAUAUUUGUAUGUAAUAAUAUUCCUUAUCAAUUCGAUACGGUGUUAAUGAAGUUUAUUGAGUACAUUGCCGGUAGAUUUUAGUUUUUAUGAUUAUCUAGUCUCAUCAAUGUAAAUCCAAUUUUAUUUUAAAAAAACACGUACCCUCGAAAAUGGUUUUGAAAUAACUGGAUUUUCGUCAUUCGUCUCUUCUGUUGUUACAAAUGUCGUUGUGGUGUUGUUGAUUGAUGACAGACCUGGCUGUGGGCGUUCGGGGCCAUACCCGCAAGUCCCCCGUUUGUCUCCACAAAGCACGGUGUCCUCCAAAGUGUGUGGGUGCCCCCACGAGUGGGGGGCCGCGUGGGGACCGCUCCCAACACCGGGUUUCUGUCGGGGUCGAAUAGUUUAGGUAGGAGUUCAAAAUUUGUGAUAAACGUUCCGGCUAAUCGACGGUCCAUUUGACCAGAAGUGUGUUGGGAUAGAAUCGUAACACGACCGCAGUUAGUUGUAGGCGUGACCGGCUGUUUGUUUGUUUUAACUUUGCCUAGUUUAGUUUACUGUCGAAUGAGCCGUGCGCUCGCGCGACGUCACGGCGUCGCACUCACCCGCUGAUGUAAAUAGUUUUAAUGCAAAUAAAUAUUGUAUUUUUAGUUUUGUGUAUUGUAUUUUGAUCCUUCGUAAUCGAUUUUAAGGUGCAGUUUUGGUUGUAGCGUUACGUCGACCUUGAAAUUCGACUAUAAAAAUUCUCAUUUGUGUAAUGUUUGCACGUAGUUUAAACACAUAUGGGGGGUCGAUCAUGGAAGUAAUCGCCGAGAGAGGGGGCGGGCAGUUUUUUUGGAUUUGUACUCGUGAGGCACGCCCUAUGCCCUAGACGUUGCUGCUUGCGUAAUGUGGGGAAGAGGGUGGGGGCAGGGCGGGGGCGGAGGUGAUCCUCCCCCUGACAAGUCCUGAAAGCUAAAGAAAAAAACGAACGUAAAAUGUAACAGAUGUAAACAAGUUACUAGAUGUUCCUUUGUGCGGUAUAUGAUACAUAUACUGAACACAAUGUUGAUUACGUUAGGGUAUCAAGCCGGGAUCCCGUGGUACGCGUGGUCUGUCUUCCGUUAUCGGACCGCAGAACCGGUGACGCAUCCUCCGGUCCCUGGGCGGGUUCUAGGUGCCAAAACAAAAUAAAAUUCUUAUAUAGGCAUCGGUCCUUGACGCGUCUACAAAUUUUCAAGUUAAUCUGACGUCAUGAGGUUGAUGAAAGUUAUUUCCUCAAGAUUCCGUUACUUAGACAUGUACGGGUCGGGCUGUGAAGACCUUUCCACAAUACUGUGGACGUGGAUUGUUUGACGCGACAGUCUCUGAGAGCCGCAGUCCCGGGGGACGCGCCCGAGCUGUUAGAAACAUCAUCAUUUUCUUAGCACCACCGACUUACUGGUGGUAGAACCUCUUGUGAGUCCGCACGGGUCCACCGCCCUGCCUAUUUUUGCCGUGAAGCAGUAAUGCGUUUCGGUUUGAAGGACGGGGCAGCCGUUGUACUGUUAAAAAAAAUGAGACCUAACUCAUGUCUCAAGGUGGGUGGCGGCAUUUACGUUAUAGAUGUCUAUGGGCUCCGGUAACCGCUUAACACCAGGUAAGCCGGGAGCUCGUCCACCCAUCUAAGCAAUAAGAAAUCCCCUUCGGUUAAAUUAGUUUUAAUUAUGUCUAUCUCUCUCGAAAACCAAAGAAAAUACGAUUAGUUAAUUCAAGAAUCGGCGCGUGGCAAUCGGUCACCGACUGACCUGAGCUACAUUCAGACUGUCUCCCGAAACCAGCUCACAUAUCUGUUUAAACUAUGCGCACUACUAAUUAGUGUACAAAAAUGUAAACUUAGUUUAAUAUUAUUAUCAUUAUUAUUUCGGUUAGUUUGUUUCGUGACGUAUAUACAGGGUGUCCCAGAAAGAUAUGGGUAAUCCUGAAACACCUCAUAGUAGAGCUAUUGGGGACAAAAAAAAUCUCAAUUACGUAUUUUUAAAAAAAGCUUUAUAUUUUCCAUACUGCUGUGCGUUUCUGGAAUAUACAACAGCUACAAAUAAAUGAAAUCCAUAGGCUUUUUGGUGUUAUACUAUUCUAUAAUUGGACUAUACUAAAGAAUGUGCAGGAAAUCGUAUGAGUAGCUAGUGUUAUUUUUCAUAAAAGUUAAUUUAAACUUUAAUAAUGAAAUUUGGUAUUUUUUCUUUAUUUGGGUAGUACCUAAGUUUUUUUUUUUCGAGUCCCCGAUAUCUCUACUAUGAGGUGUUACAGGAUUAUCCAUUCUUUCUGGGACACCCUGUAUAAUUUAAUUAAUAAUAGUGACAUGUAAUUUUUACGUAUUUUUUCGAUUUUAUUUAAGAUGUAAAACGUAAAUGUGUAUGUAAAUAUGAUAGUUGUGUAGGUUAGUUAGUUGCUGUCUGAUGUGGGCAACUGAUGUCCUUUGAUAUUGACAGUUGUCAAUGACUAGUACAAUUGUGGCGGUGUUGUAGGUCUCUCUGAGCUAUUGUCGUAUGUUAGCUCCACUUGUAAAUGUCGUUAGCGCGAUUUAGGUAUCCGAAUUUCUCUUCCGAAUACGCAAGUUAACUGGUGUUUCUCUUUUUUUUUUAAUUUUUGUUAACGAACAUGAAAAUAAAUAAUACAAUUCAUUUUAUCUAUAAAAGUUUUUUUUAUUUUUUAUUUAUAAGUAGUAAGUUUUAUUUAUAAGUAUAUAUGCCCGAUAUAUGAAGGAAUAUUGCUUCAGAGCUUGCAGGCAACGUAUCGGAAGGAAGCUGCAAUAGCGCAAUAAUGUCUUGAGACACACUCGCAAACAUUAGCUCUCCUAAAUAAUGUUACAUAUACAAUAAUAUACGUGUUAUUUAUGUAUUAUACACAUUAUAAUUCCAUGAAUAAAUUGAACUUCAAACUGAUAGCAAAGUGUGCUUUUGUACAAUGACGUCACUGUUUAAAAGUAUGAUAAAUCCAUUGCUAUUACUUCUUCGCCUUGUGGGAAAAGUACACAGCCAAUCUCUCAUAUCAAAUUUUAUUGGUCAUAGUGAAUCAACACUUUAAUGCAUGCAUCAUAAUAUUAUUUAAUUUUGAAAGCCUUUAUCUAGUCAUAAACACAAUAUUAAUAAAAUUGAGAUCGUGCGCAAGAAAUUGCUCUUGAUAUUUUUCUUCGAAGAUGUUGAAGAAUUUAAUCAAAUCAAAUCAAAAAUUUUUUAUUCAACAUAUAUGAAAGUACAUACUUGUUAAACGUCAAAAGAACUACCGCCAAUUCACAAGAACUAGCCUCCGUCCUGAGAAGAAUUGGCUAGCAACUCAGCGGGCAUGAUUAUUAUUUUUUUAAUUUUAGAUUAUUUUUUUAAUAUUAGUUUUUUUUUAAUAUUCAUUUUUACAUGAGUAUAAUAACAUAACAAUUAUUACAAUAUUGAAAUGCCCGGAGCGAGCAACUCAUUCCCACUAUGUGCAAUCUUCUAGAUAAUCAUUGACUUUAUAGUAAGCUUUAUUGAACAGAUGUUCUUUAAUAGUUUUCUUAAACCUAUGUAUAUGUAGGUUCUGAACAUCUUACUCUUAACUACUAAUAAGCUCUGAUCGUACGAACUAAGCUACAAUAAAACUAGUGUUUUUGCUCAAGUAAAAAUAUUCGAACCAGAACUGUCAAUAUCAAAGGAAUCAUAGUUACCAGAUUGGCUAUACGGUGUAUGUUACGAUAAUUUUUUUUAAUGAUGGAUUGUAGAAACAUACUCUUAGUGUUAGUUAGAGCACCCAUUUCAUAAUGCUGACUGAAUUUAUUAGGUGGGACAGGGCGUAUCACUGCGAGAGCGAUUGUGGACAUAACCUAUAUCGCUACACCCUAUAUAAAAAUAUAGGUUAUGUUCACAAUGUAUAUUGUUAUAUAACAAUAUACACCUGUGUUCUAAAACUCAGGACCAGCAAUAUGGCGGAUGCAAUUGUGACGACUGUCCUUUAUUUUAGUGGUUCUCAAUCUGUUGCAGCUGUGUGGUUUAAAUUCAUCGUUUAUUAAGUGUAAUAAUUUAAAUCUCUUGUCACAAUAGCGGCAGGCUUGCCUAAAAUCUUCUUUUUCUUCACCUUAUCCCACUGGGUGGGGCCGGCACAGCUAAUCUUUCUCUUCCAUUCUCUUUUAUCAGCUGUCAGCUCAACACUCACUCUUCUCUAUCUCAUAUCGUCAUUCACACACUCCACCCAUGUCUUCUUCGUUCGACCUCUUCCCCCCUCUACCUUGCACUACGAUUUCCAUACAUCUCCUAGUCACAUGCAUCUUCUCUCUAUGCAUCACAUGUCCAUACCACGCUAACAUAUUGCCUCGCCUAAAAUAUUGAAAUAAAGGUUUUUAUUUAUUUAUUAAUUUCUUUAAUACAAGAAUAACUGUUACUUAUAAUAACACUAGGUAAGCCAAUGAGUAAUGUAAAGGGAUUUCGUUGUGGAAGCUUUACUCCGCAAGUUUAUUACUAGUUUUGUAUAAUAUUGUACCCUGUAUAAAACCACCCGCCAGUAUAUUAGACUUCAAAUUGUAGCCGAUAAAGUAAUGUGUAAGGGAGUACAUUUAUAUUAAAAUUUGUCGAUUUCCAAGUGUUUUUGUCUGAGCCUCGAAUAAAAGCAAGAAAGAGGCGACUCAAAUAGAGUUUGAACCGCGUUUGUUGAUCCUUUUAAAACAUAUUUAUGUAUACCGGAGGCCUUGUUGAAGUGGUUAUUAAAAUGUUACACAAUAUUUAUAUGUAUAUGAAAUGUUUAAAUAUUACUCUAAUAAAAAUGCAAUUUAGAAAUUUUAAUAUCUAGAUCAGACGAACGUCUUUGCUUAAACUGUGAGGGCUUUUGUCCCUCGCGAAACUCGUAUAUAGGCGAUGAGCCGUUGCGUUCCUUAUAAUGUUAAAUGUAUUUUUGUACUAAUUCACGGUACGUUAGUCUGUCGAUUUCUUUUUAGCAAGAUCAUGUUGAACUUGCCCUGGCAACACUGGAGGGCGUAGUAUCAGUCAUAAUGUUCGAUCCUGAUUUGUCAUAUCGAUAAUCGUAUCGUUAUUUAAUCGAUUAUAAAGUUUAUGAAGUCGUUUAAUUAUCUACCGUUAAUUACAGAUAUGUAAUCGUAUAUUUAUAGUAUUUUUGUAUCGUUUCGGCGCGAGAACACGUCGGGGUGACGAGUGACUGAUGUCAGAUUUUCAUCAGUAAGCUUAGUGCGAGUUUUUUUAAUGUUAAAAAAUUCGCAGAAGCAAACAGAGUGCCCACGCGUGUACUGUGGCUAUCAAUUUGAGAGUCAUAUGCAGCGUGAAGUGUUCAUGAAUGCUCUAUAUUGGUAGCCUUGUUGUGGUACGGCAGUCCGUCUGGUUUCAGUUGCCACAUAUUUGGAUAUGUUCUCUCUCGUAAGUUCGCAUCUCGCCGUGAUCUCGCUGAAACGUGUCUCCCCUCCCCCGCACCCUCCCACACGCCCCGUGCGUUAUUUAUGUCGUAUUAAAUUUAAAGACAGAUAAUAAAAUUAUGUAAAUUUGUG